UUAAUUUGUUUAAUUAAACCCCAAGUUCCCAUUGCGGCUUUGCACUCCUCCAUUUCAAACCAAUCUCCAUCUAUAAAAACCCACUUCUCUAUCUUCCCUGUAUUAAUUCAACUCUCUUUCUCUUUUUCUCUCUGUCUCAGUUGAUUGCUCUAUAUCACAAUACUUUAUUUUGUCUUUCAAGUUUCAGUAAAUCAGACUCUCCAUUUAAGGAAAAAUGGAUGUUAAAGCAAGGGGUUGUAGAGGAAACGUCCAAAGUGAAGAGGAUCCGAUGGACUUGAGACGGGGUCCUUGGACUGUUGAAGAAGACUUUAAGCUCAUCAAUUACAUUGCUACUCAUGGCGAAGGUCGAUGGAACUCCCUUGCUCGUUGCGCAGGUCUCAAGCGGACAGGAAAAAGCUGUAGAUUGCGAUGGUUGAAUUAUCUCCGCCCCGAUGUUCGACGUGGGAACAUCACUCUUGAGGAACAACUUUUGAUUCUUGAACUUCACUCUCGUUGGGGAAACCGAUGGUCCAAAAUCGCCCAACACUUGCCUGGAAGAACCGACAAUGAGAUUAAGAACUAUUGGAGGACUCGUGUUCAGAAACAUGCGAAACAACUGAAAUGUGACGUGAACAGCAAGCAAUUCAAGGACACCAUGCGUUACCUAUGGAUGCCUAGGUUAGUUGAAAGAAUUCAAGCUGCUGCUGCCGCUACAGUCAACUCCACCACCACCACUACCACCACCUCCGCCUCCACAACCGCCAACGUGGGCACAGGGCAAAUGGUAUUGACCCAUGGGGUUAUAAGCAAUGAUUUUGGAGGUGUAGCACAAGUAACCCCAAGUUACACCCCAGAGAAUUCAAGCACUGCAGCCUCAUCAGACUCUUUCGGGACUCAAGUUUCACCGGUUUCGGAUUUGACUGAUUAUUACAGCACCAUCCAGGUUAAUAACAACCCUAAUCCGGAUUAUUUCCAAGCUAGCCAAGUUGGUUACUCUGAUCACUCCUCCUCCUUAAUAAGUCCCUCGGGUAAUUACUACAACCUUGGCAUAGAUUUUCAGUCCAUGGAUCAGCAGAACAACCUCUGGUUAGAUGGUGUUGAUGCAUCAGACAACUUCUUGAACGCAGAGGAUGUUUUGUUCUUACAGCAACAGUUCAACUUCAACAUGUGAAAAUAUCUUACUAAUAAAUGACGGGGGAAUGAAAUUCAACUGUAGAGGAGAAAAAAACAAAAAGAAAAAGGACAAGGAAGGAGAGAAGAUGAUAUAGAGUAAUACUUUAGAACACAUGAUAUAGAAUUUGUCUAAUUGUGGAUCCCUUUGGUUUGUAUUUUGUUAUAAAUAUUUUCUUUCUUUUUCUUUUAUUUGGGGAAAAAAAUUGUAAUUUUAGGCUUUUGUUUUGAAUUAAUCAUUUAAUCUCAUUCAUUGAUAUUGACUUAAUUG